UACUUGCUCUGGCAUCCGCUUUCGUCACUGUCUCAGCUGAGCGGCGCUGGUUGAAGGGGCACGUGUACUGCUGAAUGGAGCUGGUCGCUGGUUGUUACGAACAGGUCCUUUUUGGGUUCGCAGUACGCCCCGAGCCAGCUGCAGGCGGCGAUCACGAGCAAAAAUGGACUCCUGUGGCUGACUUCACUCACCAUGCCCACACUGCCUCCUUGUCAGCAGUGGCUGUAAAUAGUCGUUUUGUAGUCACUGGGAGCAAAGAUGAAACAAUUCACAUAUAUGACAUGAAAAAGAAGGUAGACCAUGGGGCUCUAGUGCAUCACAACGGCACGAUAACUUGCCUGAAAUUCUAUGGCAACAGGCACUUAAUCAGUGGGGCAGAAGAUGGAGUCAUUUGUGUCUGGGAUGCAAAGAAAUGGGAGUGCCUGAAGUCCAUUAAAGCUCACAAAGGACACGUGACCUUCCUUUCUAUUCACCCAUCUGGCAAGUUGGCCCUGUCUGUGGGUACGGAUAAGACAUUGAGAACAUGGAAUCUUGUGGAAGGAAGAUCAGCAUUCAUAAAAAACAUAAAGCAAAAUGCUCACAUAGUGGAAUGGUCCCCAAGAGGAGAGAAAUACGUAGUUGUUAUGCUGAAUAAAAUAGAUAUCUAUCAACUUGACACUGCAUCCGUUAGUGGCACCAUCACAAAUGAAAAGAGAAUAUCUUCUGUUACGUUUCUUUCGGAGUCUGUCCUUGCAGUGGCUGGAGAUGAAGAAGUUGUAAGGUUUUUUGACUGUGAUUCACUAAUGUGUCUCUGUGAAUUUAAAGCUCAUGAUAACAGGAUAAAAGACAUGUUCAAUUUUGAAAUUCCAGAGCAUCAUGUUAUUGUUACAGCAUCAAGUGAUGGUUUCGUCAAAAUGUGGAAGCUUAAGCAGAAUAAGAAAGUUCCUCCAUCUUUACUCUGUGAAGUAAAAACUAAUGCCAGGCUGACAUGCCUUGGAGUGUGGCUAGACAGAGUGACAGACACAAAAGAAAGCCUUCCUCCGGCUGCAGAGCCUUCUCCUGUAAGUAAAGAAGAGUCCAAAAUCAAAAAGGAAGCUGGCAAUAUAGUGCAGGAAGAAGAAAGGCAGUCCAAAGCUAAUACGAAGAAAUGUGGUUUAACUGAUGACAGUAAUAAGCCAACGAAAGGAAAUAGCCUGGUGUCAACCAAGAAGAGGAAAAUGGUAGAAAUGUUGGAAAAAAAGAAGAAAAAAAAGAAAAUAUGAGUGAUACAGUCAAUCCCACAUUCCUUCUAUGAGAAAAACUUAUUAGAUGGAAUCAUUCUUUUCAAAUGUGCCUGCCUCGCCUCCACAAGUAAAAGCUAGAAAUUUCUUCUUUUGGAGAAGAUGUACAGCUUAAAAAAACAGACAAACACAUUUAGAUGUUUUCUAUUUUUAUUUUUUAUUUUUAACAAUGGUAAAACAAUUUUUGGUAGGCAGUGUUCUAUUAUGUAUUAUAUAUCGUGAUAUAUAAUAUAUCGAUAUAUAUAUCGUAUAUAUCGUAUGUUAAUGUGUAAUAUAUAAUUUUUACCAUUGUAUAAAGCAAAUAAAGAUCUUAAAAUAUUUAGUUUAAAAUAUGCACAGUUUUGAACACAUUCUUUACCAGAGAUGGAUAAAAAAGUUGUUUUUCAGAUUUUUCUCCUAAAUGGGGGAAGAAUAAAACUUAGCCUUCCUUUGGCUUCUUCAGAUGAUUCUAGUACUUUUAAUGCAGAUUUUGAUCCUUUUCGUAACCAAGGUAUAAAAAGAUUUUCAUACCAGUAAGUAUAUAUUAAGACCAACUCAAAACUCAUGGACAUGUAAAAUAUGUAUGCAUAAAGUGUAUGCUUAAAUUCAGGGCUAUGUCCUUAAGAAGGUUCUUAGAUUGCCAAACCUCAUCAGACUACUCUGCUUCCACGCUGUGGAUGAGAAGAUAAUUGAAGGUUUGGAAAAUGACAUUUUCAGGGUAUGUUGUUUUUUUUCCCCCAUCUGUUUCAGGCCAACAAAAACAGUCAUUUAGUUAAUCCAAUAAAGAUAAUCUUAAAUUCAGCCUGUUAAUUAUAAUCUUGUCAUCUCUCUCUUCCUUGCCCACCCCCCCCCCCCAGUAGAUUCCUGGGUAUUUUGAAAAGACACAUUAAUAGAGGAUUCAUAGAUGUGAAUUAGCUGACCAGAUGUCAAAUACCUAAGGCUGACAGGGGAAUCCCUCCUGUUGAGGCAAAUUAAAACCUCAAGCAUUUGGGCACUGGAAUUGCCACUCACUUCACAGGAGGAAAUCAUCUAGGAAGUGAGCCAGAAUCCGUGUCUGACAUUUCAGGCUACCUCCUCGUUAACUUCAGGCCUAAAAACAAAGAUGAAUAAUAUAGAUUUGGGUUUUUUAUUAUGUUUUUGUUUAAAUAUUUAAGAUUUUUUAGAGCAGUUUGAGGUUUGUUUAUAACAAAAGGGAGAAGGUGCAGAGAUUUCCCCUGUACCCGCUGCCUCUACCAUGCACAGCCACACCUGAUAUCCACAUCACUCAUGAGAAUGGUACGCUUUUUACCAGGGAUGAACCUACACUGACGUGUUCGAUUCACCCAAAGUUCAUGGCUUACCUUGGGGAUCACUCUUGGUGUUGAACACUGGAUGGGUUUGGAAGAAUGACCUAUUAUAAUCCACAGAGCAUUUCCACUGCUCUGCAACAACUCUUGUGUUCUGCCUGUUCAUCUCUCCCCUACCCAACCUUCCACGAUCACUGAUCUUUUUAUUGCCUCCAUAGUUUCGCCUUGUCCAGAAUGGCACGUACUUAGAAUCCUACGGUACUGUAUCCUUUUCAGAUUGGCUUCUUUCACUUAGGAAUAUGCAUUUAAGUCUCUUCUGUGUCUUUUCAUAGCUUAAUAGCUCAUUUCUUUUUAAUGCUCAAUAGUAUUCCAUUGUAUGUGCCACACAUUACCACUCAUUCACUGCUGGAGGACAUCUUGGUUGCCUCCCAAGUUUUGGCAGUUACGAACUUGCCAUAAACAUUUGCAAGUUUUGGGGUGGAUGUGUUUUCAACUCCUUUGGGUAAAUACUAAGUAGUGUGACUGAUGGACUGUAUGGUGAGUGUAUGUGUAGGUUUGUGAGAAACGGCCAUCCUGUCUUCCAAAGUAGCUGUACCAUUUUUCAGUCCAGAACAUUUGUCAGUGUUCUGGAUCUUGGCCAAUCUUGUGUCUAGUGGGAUUUCGUUAUUUUAAUUUGCAUUUCCCUGAGGACCUACGUGGAGCUUUUCCUAUGCUUAUGUGCCAUCUGGAUAUCUUCGGUAAAGCGUCAAGCUACUUGGCCUAUUUUUUAGUUAAAUAGUUUCCUUACUAUUGAGUUUUAAGGGUUCUUUGUACUUUAGGGGUGCCUGGGUGGUUCAGUUGGUUAAGUGUCCGACUUCAGCUCAGGUCAUGGUCUCACAGUUCAUGGGUUCUAGUCCUGCAUCAGGCUCUGUGCUGACAGC